GAGACACGUCGCGGCCGCGAUGGCAGCCGACGUCGAGGGGGACGUGUACGUGCUGGUGGAGCACCCGUUCGAGUACACGGGCAAGGAUGGGCGCCGGGUGGCCAUCCAGCCCAACGAGCGCUACCGCCUGCUGCGCCGCAGCACCGAGCACUGGUGGCACGUGCGGCGCGAACCGGGCGGCCGCCCCUUCUACCUGCCCGCGCGGUAUGUGCGCGAGCUGCCCGCGCUCGGCGACCCCGCGCCCACCCCGCUGCCCGCAGUGCCCCACCCGAGCCCCGCGGUCCCCGAGCCGCUCGCCUACGACUACCGCUUCGUGAGCGCGCCGGCCGAGCCCCGGGGCCGAGCGGGCUCCCUGUGCGUCCCGUCGCGGCUCCAGCGCGGCAGCCUGGCGCCCGGCCUGCCCGCCUGCCUGUACACGCGGCCCGCAGCGCCUGUGCGGCCCGCGCAGUCCCUGGACGACCUGGCGCGCGCGGGCGCCGCGCCCCCCGCCGGCCUGCUCGGGAGCACCGGCAGCUUCAAAGCCUGCAGCGUGGCGGGCUCCUGGGUGUGCCCGCGGCCGCUGGCGCGCAGCGACUCGGAAAACGUCUACGAGGCCAUCCAGGAUGUGUGCGAGCCGCCGCCGGACGAGCGCGCCAAGCAGGUGGAUAACGCGGAGCCCGUGUACGCCAACAUCCAGCGGCAGCCUCCAGCCACGUCGCCCGUCCCGGCCCCGGAGCCCGCCCCAGAGCCAGACCCAGCCCCGCCGCCAGGCCCAGUGUGGGAGACGCACACGGACGCGGACACUGGGCGCCCCUACUACUACAACCCACACACGGGCGUAACCACCUGGGAGUCGCCCUUCGAGGCUGCGGAGGGCGCCGCCAGCCCUGCCACCUCCCCUGCCUCGGUGGGCAGUCACGAGAGCCUCAAUACCGAGUGGGGUCAGUACUGGGAUGAGGAGAGUCAACGGGUGUUCUUCUACAAUCAGCUAACGGGCGAGACGGCCUGGGAGGACGAACCCGAGCACGAAGCUACGGACCAGCCAGAAGAACUGGAGAUGCAACCGGGCCUGAGCCCGGGCAGCCCCAGGGACCAGAGGCCCCCCACCCCUGAGACUGACUACCCGGAGAUGCUGGUCAGUUACCCUGAGGAGGACUAUUCGCCAGUGGGCUCCUUCAGUGAGCCCAGCCCCAACUCUCCCUCGGCUGCCCCCCCUGGCUGGUCUUGCCACACAGACACCAAUGGAGAGAUGGUCUACACCAACGACUUCAGCCUAGAGCAGUGGGUGAGAUUAGAGGACCACGGAAAGCCUUACUUCUAUAGCCGAAGUGAUUCCUCUGUCCGCUGGGAGCUGCCUCAGGUCCCUAUCCCUGCCCCUCGAUACACCCUCAAAUCCAGCCUGGACAGUGAGAGCCCUGCCGAGCCCACGCCUCCCAAGGAGAAGAUCAAGACCCUGGACAAGGCAGGUGUUCUCCAUCGCACCAAGACAGUGGACAAGGGCAAGCGGCUCCGGAAGAAGCACUGGAGCGCCUCCUGGACCGUCCUGGAGGGCGGCGUCCUGACUUUCUUCAAAGACUCCAAGAGCUCCACAGCAGGUGGCCUGAGGCAGCCCUCCAAGAUCUCCACCCCCGAGUACACAGUGGAGCUGAAGGGGGCCUCCCUCUCCUGGGCCCCCAAAGACAAGUCCAGCAAGAAGAACGUGUUGGAGCUGCGGAGUCGAGACGGCUCAGAGUACCUGAUCCAGCAUGACUCAGAGGCCAUCAUCAGCACCUGGCACAAGGCUAUCACCCAGGGCAUCCAGGAGCUGGCCCCGUUUCUGCAGUCCGCAGACCUCCCGCUGGAGGAAGACAGGGAGAGCAGCCCAGCGGUGGACUUCGGGUCCAGCGAGCACCUGGGGAGCUGGCGGGAGCGAGAGGAGCAGCAGCAGACCGGCGCAGCCGGCCUGACCCUGGGCCCGGGGGGUCUGGAGAGCGACCUGAACCGGGUGCGGCUCAAGCUGCGCAAAUUCCUGCAGAGGCGGCCCACGCUGCAGGCGCUCCGGGAGAAGGGCUACAUCAAAGACCAGGUGUUCGGCUGCUCUCUGGCCGAGCUGUGUGAGCGCGAGAAGAGCCCCGUGCCGCGCUUCGUGCAGCAGUGCAUCCGCACCGUGGAGGCCCGGGGUUUGGACAUGGACGGCCUGUACCGCAUCAGCGGGAACCUGGCUACCAUCCAGAAGUUGCGCUAUAAGGUGGACCACGAUGAGCGUCUGGACCUGGACGACGGGCGCUGGGAGGACGUCCACGUUAUCACCGGGGCCCUGAAGCUCUUCUUCCGGGAGCUGCCCGAGCCGCUCUUCCCCUUCUCCCACUUUCGCCAGUUCAUCGCGGCCAUCAAGCUCCAGGACCAGGCUCAGCGCAGCCGCUGUGUGCGGGACCUGGUGCGCUCUCUGCCCGCCCCCAACCACGACACACUGCGGCUGCUCUUCCAGCACCUGUGCAGGGUGAUCGAACACGGCGAGAAGAACCGCAUGUCGGUGCAGAGCGUGGCCAUCGUGUUCGGGCCCACGCUGCUGAGGCCCGAGACGGAGGAGAGCAGCAUGCCCAUGACCAUGGUGUUCCAGAACCAGGUGGUGGAGCUCAUCCUGCAGCAGUGCUCCGACAUCUUCCGGCCACACUGACCCCGGCGCAUCUGCGCCUGCACCUGCUCCCCUGCGGCGGCGGCGGCGGGCGCUGCGGCGCCGGGCACGGGGCGCGCGGGUUUGAAC